UUAUUUUUAUAUAUCGUUUGGCUUUGCCAUACUUGCAGUCGACCAAAUUUACAAAAUUCAUACAAAUAUCAUCGUUACUAUAGUAACUAAGAUGCAAAUAAAAAUCUAAAUAUUGACAAGGUUAAUUCAUAUUCGGUAUAAGAUCAGUCUCAACAUCUAUUUAAGUUUGGUCCUUAUGAAUAUGGAUAAUAACGCCUGGGUUUUUGACUCUUUAGUUGGUUUUCUACAUGGUCCCGUGUGGAAUGUUCCUUUACAAACAUUUAUAGAAGAAAAAUCUUUGCCUUUCGAACCUUCGGAUGAUGGAGAAGUUGUUGACAGGCCAGAUUAUAAGAAGAUACACGAUGAAUAUAGGAACCUGGUGGACGUGAUGCUCGGAUCGUUUAUGGAUGAUAUCGGCAUCUCGGCUGAUCAAUUUGAAGCGGCAUGUCACCUCUCCGCAAGUGAUUUAGCGGGACUUCCCACGUACUUUCACAAACGUCUAUUUGAGCAGAUAUGGGCCGCUAACGAUUACGAAAUGUUCGUUAAAAUGAUGACACAUAAGAAUGUGGAAUUACAAUUGCAGGCUUUGGAUUUAAUCGAAAAGCGAUACGGCACUAUGCCAAGUUUAUUCUCGUGUGACGGCGAAGAGCUGGACUCCUCACAAAGUGACGAAAGCGUCGAAUGGCCGGAUAACGAUGACGUCAUGAUUGAAAUUAAGAAGCUGAAACUUGACGAGUCAGAAACCGAUGAGGUUACAGUGCCACCAGAAGAUGUUAAGGCUGAAAAGCAAACUCUUCUGACGAAACUGCAUAGUUUUGAAAAAAGAGAUGAGAUCAAAGUGGUAGAAAUCCCCAAAGAAAAACCAAACAUUAAGAUUCCGGUUGACAUUGUACCGAAAAAGCCAGAGGUAUCGGAAGAAGACGUAAAGGCUCGACAAGAGUAUUUAAAACAGCAGCGGGACAAGCUGUUGGCUUUAAAGAAGCAAGUCCGUGAAAAACAACUUGGCGCUGAAACUGAAGCGCUUUCUGGCGGAGGCGAAGGCACAGCAAAGUUUCAAAGGCCUAAAUCAGCACGAAUGGCCCAAGCAGCUCUAUCCGGGUCAGCUCCAGCACCGUCUCCAGACGCAAUGCAGUUACGAAGGGCCCUCGCAACUAAACUUAAGACCGAAGUGGUGGAAAGCAGCCAUUAAUCUUUUUAACUUCUUUGAAUGUCAUGUAUUAUUAUUUUUGGUAUUAAAAGCCUGUGUUAGGCCGAUGACCUUUAGCGAAUGGUAACAUUUGCAGGAAGCACUUGCGUUAAUCAAUUGUAAGAAUGACUCACACGUAAAAAAUACGGGUCUUUUAAGUGUUGGUUUCAUUAUUUGAUAUAAAAAACGUUAGAUCCUACUAUGUAUAUUAAUAGUCAAGAAUGUGUUUUUUGGAAUUCUCAAAUUAUUCUUAAGAAAAAAAUGCCCAAACUUUACCAUGUCAGGCUCUUAAUAGCAACAAUAAGCAAGUCCAAAAAAAAAUUUUUUUUUCUAAUUUUAAUUACCGUUUUCCAUAGAAGUUAUGGCUUGUGUUUUUUGUUUGAUAAAAGUUAUGUUAGCUUGUUCUAGAACUCUUGCAACUUGCAAUUUCUUACCGAUAGAUGUAUUGUUUUUUGCUCGUUAUUCACAAAAUGUUUCACUAAGUUUAGACUGUCGAAAUAAAUAACACAAUAUGUAUCGUAA